AGGUGGGCGCGGUGAAAGGAAGGGGCGUGGAUAGGCCUGUCCGCUGUGUCCGCUGCUCCGUGUCUUCUCAGUUUAAUGGCCGGCUGGGGAGAGUUGGACAGCUUGGUGUGUAUAGUGGCGGGUUCCUAAGUGGUACGCUCUGGAGCCUGAUGCCCGCGCUGGGCAUUCCGUGCCAGUCAGGGGGAACGGGCCGCAGGGCCGGUGGGAUGGAGCCGCGGGUGUUCGAACUGUUUGGGCCGGCAGGAGGCAGCGGUGGGACUGGAGCCCGGGGGAAAACGAAAGGGAAGAAAGCGGGGAAGGGCCGAGGGCGGAGCAGCAAGAGCAACAACCCUCCUUACUUACCCCCUGAGGCCGAGGAAGGGAAUAUUGAGUAUAAGCUGAAACUGGUGAACCCGUCUCAGUAUCGUUUUGAGCAUUUGGUGACCCAGAUGAAAUGGAGACUCCAGGAGGGGCGCGGCGAGGCAGUGUACCAAAUAGGGGUCGAGGAUAACGGUUUGCUAGUAGGGUUGUCGGAGGAGGAGAUGAAAGCUUCGCUGCACACCCUACACCGCAUGGCAGAGAAGGUCGGUGCAGACAUCACGGUUCUGCGUGAGCGAGAGGUGGAUUAUGAUAGUGAUUCCCCGAGGAAGAUAACAGAGGUUCUUAUCCGCAAGGUUCCUGACAACCAGCAGUUCCUUGAUUUGCGAGUUGCCGUACUGGGGAAUGUCGAUUCAGGAAAGUCUACUCUGCUGGGGGUGCUAACGCAGGGAGAGUUGGACAAUGGGCGGGGGAGGGCCAGACUCAACCUCUUCCGUCACCUCCAUGAGAUCCAGUCAGGUCGGACUUCCAGCAUCAGCUUUGAGAUUUUAGGUUUCAAUAGCAAAGGGGAGGUGAUAAAUUACAGUGAAUCUCGCACGGCUGAGCAGAUCUGCGAGAGCGCUUCCAAGAUGAUCACUUUCAUUGAUCUUGCCGGCCACCAUAAGUACCUGAAAACCACUAUCUUUGGCCUGACAAGCUACUGCCCAGACUUUGCCAUGCUGGUUGUAAGCGCCAACACAGGCAUUGCUGGCACAACACGGGAGCACCUGGGCCUUGCCAUGGCACUGAAGGUACCCUUCUUUCUGGUGGUCAGUAAGGUGGACCUGUGUGCAGCAGCCACAGUAGAGCGCACCCUAAGACAGCUGGAACGCAUCCUGAAACAGCCUGGGUGCAAUAAGGUGCCAUUUAUGGUGCGCUCAGAGGAUGAUGCAGUUACAGCAGCACAGCAGUUUGCACAGUCACCAAACAUCACCCCAAUCUUUGCUAUCUCCAGCGUUACUGGGGAGUCAUUGGAUCUCCUCAAAGUCUUCCUGAAUAUUCUGCCUCCCCUCACCAACAGCCAUGAGCAGGAAGAGCUGAUGCAGCAGCUGCCCGAGUUUCAGGUGGAUGAAAUCUACACUGUGCCGGAGGUGGGGACUGUGGUCGGUGGGACAUUGUACAGUGGGGUUUGCAAGGAAGGGGAGCACUUGGUAGUCGGACCCACAGAUGGGGGUGUUUUCUUGCCCCUAAAAGUUUGCAGUAUUCAGAGGAACCGAUCCACGUGCCGUGUGCUCCGUGCCGGUCAGGCAGCAACGCUGGCACUGGGAGACUUUGAACGCUCGCUGCUCCGGAAGGGGAUGGUGUUGGUAAGCCCGGAAAUGCUGCCCACAGUGUGCUGGGUGUUUGAGGCAGAGAUUGUGCUGCUGUUUCAUGCCACGUCCUGUCGGCAAGGGGUGCAAGUCACUGUGCAUGUGGGAAAUGUCAGACAAACUGCGGUGCUGGAUCACAUUCAUGGCAAGGAUGAGCUGCGAACGGGUGAGAAGGCUGUUGUCCGAUUUCGCUUCAUUAAACACCCUGAGUACCUGAAGCCUGGUACCAAGCUCCUGUUCCGAGCAGGCAUGACCAAGGGUAUCGGACAUGUUUGCAGCCUGCAGGUGAUUGCUACUGAGAUUGGUGACCCUUGAUCUCCUCUAGUUGGACCCAUGGGACACUUUGCCCCACAUGCACCAAAUCAGAAGCCAGGGAAAGAUGUGCUGGCCCGAGGAGCCAUGCUGAUCUCUGAGCAUAUAGUCACCGGUCCCCAAGCUCACUCAUUGGACAAAGCAGCUGAUUUAUAAUUCCCUUCACCCUUGACGCUUUUAUGAUGAAAAAUGACUUUUAUAUGAGAAAAAGAAACCGUUUUACAUGUAUUUUUAUGACUCCCAGCAAAAACAUAACAGCCACUUUGGUGUUGGCAUGUUCAGAACUCUAGAGUAUCUGGAUUUCCAAUGGAAUAUUUUUAGUGCACUUUUACAGGGGAAUUUGCAAUGCUAGUGCUCAACAAAGUAACUGUCCCUCAUUGUUCCCCUUAUAACCCACUAUCUGUGCUUCUAAAUAAGCACCUCAGAGCUGGUUCCUUUAAAGGGUAAGUUAAAUUAUUAGCCCUUCUGGGAACAUGCCCCAGUUUAUGGAGUACUUUGCCAGGUACCAACCAGUAUGUCCUCCUCCUGGGCUGGUUGGUUUAGCUUUGGCCACUAGAGGGAAAGAGUUCAGUACCUGGGUAAGUACUUGGGGGAGAAUGGAAUCACUUACCCUGUGGACAAGAAUUGGUACUAAGACAAAGUGAAAUAGGGGCAGUCUAGAUAUUGUUUUCUAUUUUGUAUUUUAAAUUCCCAGUAGUCCCAUUGAUUUAAUAAACCACUUUUUAAUUUGCCCAGGCCAGUUGCCACUUUGCACUUAGCAUGGCCCUGGCCUUCUGCUUUUACCUAAGAGUGUAGAGAAAGCAACCAAUGAGAGAAGCCCAUAAGGCACAAAUAGUAAGACUGGAGGAAACAGAUUUCAGCAUCAUCAGUGCCCAAAUGCUCACCUGAAAGGGAAUAAAAUGCUCCACAACCUGAAAGAAAAAGGGGUCUCUGCUCUUUACAGUUUAUGGGGUUGAACCCAGUUCUAUUCUUCCACCAAAAUAUGCUUUUUUUAUUUAUUUAUUGGGACAAGAGGUAAAUAAAACCAGGUAACCUCUGGUGCUGAGAGUAGGGGCAGGAAUGAGAUAAUUCAUGGGGGUUCAGCAGCCAGAGAAUAGCAGAGGUUUGAUUGGUAGAGAACCAAUUGUUUCAUAGCCAAUGAGGUAACAACUUGACAACAGUUUAUUUUAAGGGUUGUGUGUGUUCCACACUGCAACCUAUUCAGGAUCAAGGUAAGUGCUUUGAGUUAAUCCUGCUCCCUGCUGAUGUGCCUUCGGCCUAUGGCCCACCUAGUGCCUCUCAGCUGGUAGCCACACUAGCCCUCUAUGCCGCCUGUUAUUUACCUGAAUGGAAACUACCCAGUCACUAGGUGUGCCGAAGGCCUUGCAGGUAGACGAUUUGCACAGAUUCAGACCUAUGCUAAAUGCUAUAGUGGAGAGUCUCCCCUGUAGAUUAGCCCUUGGGGCCAACCACUCUCCAUUCUCUCUCUGCCCCCCCCCCACCCCAAACUCUGCUGCUUCUCUUCUUCCUCUUGUGCAUCAGGGAUGGCUCCUGCAUAUUGUAUUAUUGUGCGUCCUUAGAUUUCUCUCUCUGAAUGUCAUGUACAAAAUAAAAUGUUUUAUGAAAGGA